AUGCCUCUGCCGAACGCGAUCGAGCUACAGAGGAAAAUGCCUCCGUCGCGCGAAAAACGUCGUUCGAAGCGUGCAGGCAAGCCAGAUCAGCAGCCUGUAGCGAAGACAUCAAACAUAGCUUCCUCCAAACCCUCAAGGCCGUUCACAACGCCUGCCCCACGAAAGGGACAAGAUGCGAGCCAUCUUCUCAAUUUCAGAACACCAGAACGAAGGACAGAUAUGUCGAACACCGGUUCAUACCGUCGAAGAGGGCCAAAGGUUCGUUACGACAAGGAUCGAUACAUGGCAGCAAAUUACCACUUUGUUGUUGAUGGAUCACAGAAUUUCAGCGUGCAUCUUGCUGUACCUGAUAAGGCCAUUGACUGGGACUUUGUGCGUGAAGUUCACUUGUCCGAAGAAGGGUGUUACCAGUGUCCGAUUUGUUUGGAGCCACCGGUAGCAGCAAGAAUCACUCAAUGUGGUCAUGUGUACUGCUGGCCUUGUGUGAAAAGACUGUUGUCGGUUGCAGGGAAGAACUAUGCGCCUUGUCCAAUCUGUACAAACAUUGUCACUGGUACUUUAGGACAACUGAAGCCGGCCGUGGUUCAUAUGCAUGAGGCCAUCUCUGUGAAAUCCGAGGUCACGUUUGAGCUAAUGCGCAGGGAGAAAGGAUCCAUGACACCUCUGAAAGCAUCAUCGUUCACAUCUGAUACUCUUGGGUGUAUGAAUUCGGCAUCAGAUAUCUUUUCGGGUCUCACAAAUGGCUGCCCCAUAAGCGUGGACCGUGCAGAUGCCAGGUUUUCUCAGAUGUCGUCGGUGAAGAAUUCUAAACAUAUUCUUGAACGAGAAAGAAGUGAAUUGCUCGAUGCCCUGCAGCUUUGUCAUUCAUCGCAAGAUUUAGAAAUGGUUCCCCACAUCGAAUCAUGCCUAAGGGAUCUGGAUGUGCAGAUAUCCCAGGAUGAGAGAAUUGCCUUGGAAUUGGACCCGGGCAGCACUCCCAUUCCUGUUCCAAGUACACCAACGUCAUCUUCUGCUUUGAACGACAGUCUGCGCAGUCCUACUGAUUCUAGUGGUCUGACACGGUCCGGUAGCUUUAGCAAACGACUCUGGGUCAACGGUGAACUUCAUGAUGUUGAAUAUAGUGACGAAGAUUUCGACCCCGAAGACGAUUACGAAUAUCACUACGAUGAGACAUGUGACCUUUCGGUUGCGGCCUGCGAUGGAUUUGGUGGAGAUGAAACAGAAUCAGCCGCCACAGAUGUAAGCACCCCUGAUGAUACGCAUGAAAUUUUGGACAGCUCGGUAAAUAUCUCGAAGUCUGAAAGCGAUCGUGUGAUUGAGGGGAUUCACUUCUUCUAUCAAUCGUCCGAAGGCCAAAAAGUGUUUCUUCACCCUGUGAAUAUGCGAUGUCUGUUGGAAGAGUAUGGAUCUUAUUUGCAUCUUCCACACAGUAUCAAGGCGAACGUGAUUGAAAUUGAGAGAUUCACACAGAAUGAUGAAAGCAGAAAGCGUUACAAGGCGUUGGAACAUCUGCCUCUUGGAGCAGAGAUGAGAUUCGUGGAGGUAGAAAUUGCACCACUUGUGAGCAAAGACACACUCAAGAGGAUGCAGCCGAAGUUGCAGGAGAGAGCAAAGUCUAGGAAGUUCAGGGCGAAGCGAGAGGCGCAAUUGCAAGCACGCGCAGAGAAGCAGAAGCAAAAAGACAUGAACAAGGUUGCUCCGCCCCCCGAUGACCUGCUUACGGGACCUUCCUUGCUGGAAGCGAUGGCUGCUGCGCAAGGCCACAUGGACGACGAUGCUCUCUGUGCGCUCCUCAUGUCUGAAGAGCAUUCUCCUCCUCUUCCUUCACAGAUGGCUUCCACCUAUGGUGAAAUCACUUCUGGUUCCCCUGGAAGCGCAGGGCCAAAGUGGAAUGAACUUGUACGUGAAGGGCCUUCCUUUCGCCAGAAUCAAGCCCAAAUGCAGAAAUACGAGCACUCCAACGAAAACUACCUGGGGUCAACGAACGCCAACCACACAAGCAGCUUCGACGGGGAGGUGACAGAAGAAGAAAGACGAAGGCGAGUUGCCGAAGCUCGUGACAGGUUGAAUUAG